AUGCGCCACCCAAAUCACCUUCAAGAUGUUUUUGUAAAAGAAGAGUACCACUUUUUAAAUGUCCCUGGAAUUGGAACGUUUACAGUGUACGACACGUUUGACUGCACCUUUGAAUGCCUCAGCAAUCCGUCAUGUUUGUCCCUGAACCUGGUCGCCUCCAAAGGAGCCGGUGGAAAACUUUGGUGCGAAUUGUUGACUUCGAAUAAAGACAUUAACCCAGACGAGUUCAAAGAAAACAAGACUUCACAUCACUUUGCUUUGAAGGUGCGAACAUAGUUUUAAUUAAAUAAGCUCUAAAUUAUUAAUUAUCCUGUAGUGUCAAGACUGAAAACCUAAGCUGAUUAUGGAUCUCAGAAUUUUAAGAGACAACUCUAAGCUUCAUUUAGUAAAAAAGUGAAAAUUUACAGGUAAUUUCAGUGCAAUUAUAAAUUAAAGUAAACAGUGAUUUAUUUUGCUACAGGGGCAGACGAUAGUAGACUAUUUUCAGAAAGGCAAACAUCAAUAAACCGCUCAUCUCUUAAAUGAGAUGAGUCUUAAUAAAUAUAAGGCGCUUCAAAAGUCAGAACUGGCCGGCCAGACCAUGGAUGGAACAGUCUUUUUGACCUUGAAAUAGGCAUUUCCCAAGAAUUUUAACUGAAAAACCAUCUCCUUCGUGCAUGGUAUUUAGGAUUUGACUGAUCUGGCCACAGGUGGCCCAAGAUCGGCCGACUGACUGCAUGCCCCUGGGUCUCCGAGGACGCUGUUCAAACAAAUCGAGAUUUUUUCUAUAUUGACUGUAUGACAGUAUAUUUCAGCUGUAAGUACUUUCCUUAAUAUACGCGCGAGUUACUAGGGUGCCUCCUCGGGAUUUCGCCUUCCUGUGGAGGCAAUAAAUUGUACUUACGUAAACUUGGGUCUGUUGUUGCUUUUUCUGUGUAACCUGGGCUCAGUUCAUGGCCAUUUUAUACGGUUUUGCUGCUCGUUGUUUGUUCGGUGUUGUUUUCCUACAUAAGGCGAAGCAAGGCAGUUGACUCUGUGCAGUCUCAACUCACAAAUCUCUUCCGCAUCAAAGAACCGCGCACCGAUUCACCAUGAAAGCGCCAAAUUCUUAACGACGGGUCAGUCUCUUAUCUCUUCCCCUUGUCAUCUGGAUUGUUUUUUGUGGGAAAUUUUUUGGAUAGUGUUUGGUUCUGGGCAAUCUGACGUGCGUUCAGGAACCUCGAUGACUACGUGUUGCGUGGUGAAGGCGAACAUGGACUCAGGGGAUCCAAAUACAAAACAUGGAUCUUCCUACCCUGAGAUAGCUUAUUAUGGGCUCCUGGAAUUAUCCAAUUGGAUGAGCGUAUAUAAAAUGUUCGCGUUUACGUAAGAACUAUAGGUCCAUUUAUACGAGAAAAAAUAAGACGCGUCUUAAAUAAGACGCGAACUUUCCGUAUAAACGGCACAUUUCGUCUAAAAUAAGACGCGGCUUAGCUACGACGCGUCUUAUUAGAUAAGACAUGCUCGAAUAAAUGGUACAGUUCGCGUCUUACGUAAUAAGACGCGUCUUAUUUUUCCUCGUAUAAAUGGCCCUUAUUUAUUUUUUAUGUUAAUGCCCAUAUUUCUGUGGUUUAACAACUAUAUUGAAUUUCUCAUACAAGUAUUUAAAUCGUUCGUAAUAUGCAAAACAGUAUCGAAACUCGCGGUGAUUUAUGCACCGAUCUUGGGCCGCCUGUGACCUGGCUGGAUAGUUCUAAUUAAAAGUGAAAUUCCCGUUACGGCAGGAAUGAUCUGGCCACUCAGUUCUGACAAAUGGAAAGCGCCCUUAGAUUAAGCUAGUCUUCUCCGCAGCUUAAGAGGCAGUCUCCCUAAAAGCGUUCCAAUCGAUUUUGGACUCGAAAAAACUUUUGCCUCAUAAUUUUACCAUCAACACUACUAUCCAUCCUGAUAACGAAAUUGCAGUUAGAAUGAGGAAAUUGUUUAUUUUACUGCCAUUCCCAGCAUUUCAUUGCUGGACGACCGUUAGCAGCUAAAAUAUGCAAAUUUUAGUCUCUGCUAUACAGGUUUUUUAACGAUCGUUCUAAAGUUCUUCGGGUCAUCAAAUCCUAGACUAUUGCACUCAUUUGGAAGCAUAUUACUUCUUCUUACUGUUCCAAUACCGUUUAGGCGUUAUCUUUCUGUAAUCAGCAAAAACUGGUCGUCUUUAUUUCGCUAAUCCAAUUAAGAAAGCAAACUGCACGAGAAAAUGCCUCAAAAACAUCUCAAAAUUCUCAAAAGUGGCACCUAAACUAGACCUAAAAACAUGUUUUAGUUAAAGAUUAAUAGCUAUUUUGUCAAGUUAUGCAAUAAAACUUGUGGCACAACGCGAUUCAGAAUUGAAGGUUUCAACUCAAAUUUAGGCAAAUGUUCAAUUUGCGUUGCGUGACGAUACCGGCUGCUGUCACAACAAAAUCCUCAGUUAUUGAAAUACUUGCCACUUUUAAGUAAGAUAUGCCUCACUUUCACACCAAAACUAUAUUAAAAUUCCGUUUUUCCCUUUGCCAAUGAUACAUGUUGUUCAAAAAUUAGUUCAGCAAGUAAAAGAUACCUUUCCAAGCUUCAUUUAAUAUUCCCAUUGCCCCGAACAUUUGUGUUAAGUCUGUUGUGUCAAGACGGAAAAAUACCUUUUCAGAACCAAACCUCUUCUAGCUUAAAAUGUGGUCCAGUCUGAAAAAGCUGCAUUGACCAGAAGUUACUCCGAUCCAUCAUAUUAUAAAAUCGAACGUUAGAAGAAAAGUAAAUUUCCCACUGCUUGAUUAAAUAUGCGUGAACAGGUCAGAAAAUGUUUGACUUGUACUUCGCCCCACGUAAGGGUAUCCGGAUUCCGGAAACUGGAAAAUUUUUGCUUGUAGGAUCCGGAAUCCGGGAAAAUUUUGAUAUGAAAUCCGGAAUCCAGGGCUUUGGAAUCCAGAAUAGAGCUCAAGCACCCUACUAAGGAAUGAAAUUCCACCGGAAAAGACUGGAAUCCAGCACCCGGAAUCCUGAAUCCAUGGAAUGGGAUCCAGAAUCCACGACUGUCUUGUAUUCGCUAACAUGGGGCGAUAGUACUGGACUGUGAACGACGACUUACAAUUUUCCCUUUAUUUACCUUCCACUGAUCAUAUUUGAAGACUUUGUUAAUGAAAUUUCAAUUAGUAGGUUUCUUCCAUUUCCUGACUGUUUCUUCCUAUUAACAGUGGUCAGCGUUUGUUUUCACGCUCCAAGAGACAGUCUGGAGUCUAAGGCUACUUUUGUAUCGCAGCCAGUUAAUAAAGAAGUUGGCACACGCAAAUAAUAAAGUUUCAACAUUAAUUUCGAAUCGUGCAACAUCAGUGAAAGUAACAAGAAAAUAAAGUGUGGAAGUUCACGCGUUUUUCCCAACUGAUAAAAGUACACGAUUGUCAGGACACCAUUACUUCUUACCAUGAAACCUGUCAUCCAUCGAAGUCUGAACUAAGUGAAGCCGACCCAAUACUCUCAAAAGAUGGUAAUCAUUGACCUUACGAAAAAUCAAGUGGAACAGAUGGUGAUCUGCUUCUCCAGGAGGACUCCCAUGCAAAAGUGACGUGGGUGCUCGUCGUUUGCAGAUUUUGGUCUCACUUCGGUUGUUUGGGACGGAAAGUACCUAAAUAUGCUCAUCCAGGUAUCGCUUAAGGCUGUGCAUAAAGAAAUUUGCCAAAAAAAAAAACACGGUGACGCUGACCUCACAGAAAUCUCCUUUAGGGGUCAGUUUAAGCUUGAGCCACACCCACAUUGGCCUCCCUUAGGGGUUUAAAUAAUAAGUUAUUAAUUUUCCGACGAGCAGCCCUUCACUUUUAUAUGAAAGUCCUCCCGGGGAUUACCGACAAAUAUCGGCAUAUAAACUCGGACGAUUUUGGCGGACACCUCGUAUAGAGGACCAAGAAAGGAAUAUUAGGACCAAGGACAGGCAUGUAAUUGGUGUGGAGAUUGCUAAGAUCGUAUACCAUCUGUUUUAAAGGAUGGGAUCACGUACGUAUAAAAUCAUAAAAUCAUUGCUAAUAUCCUUAUCACUAGUUCCUUUAUCUGUGAUAAGAUAACGACAAAAGGGCCAAUGGGUAUUGUCAUAAUUGUAACUUCAAGUUCAGACAAUGAUAAACUCAGUAGUGAGUGAUGAAGUUAUGGAGAAAAGUAGGAAGUGGCUUUAAGUCAAAUAUCCUGAUAUUAAUCAGUGUUGCAGUAUGGCAUAAAGUUACACAGUCAGCUGAUGCACUUGCACAUUUGAUAUCAUUUAUUUAUGACCUGACGGAUUUGAAUAUCACAAGAUACACGCGUGAAACAGAAAGUGAUAAGCGCAUAUCUAAACCUAAUUUGGAGUCGGAGUUAAAUUGCCAAAAUCGUGAUUACCUACCUUUAGGCAUAUUACUGAGAGUACUCAUGACAAUUGUUUAGUACCAUGGAGAAUUCACUGACAGAAUUUUCUAUUGAAGCCCAACGUAGACAAAAACCUCUGAAUUCGAACAAUCAGUAGAGGUGAGAACUGACGUGAAGUCUGAAUCCGGCAUUGUCGAAGGUUUCCCGAGCAUGAACAUUUCUCCAGGUCGAGACCCCUACACUGUUUUUACGUCUUUUCUCGUCUCACGUCUUGUUAGCGGUUAUUACCCUGUUCUUACAGGCGCUUGCAUUCUACCACGUUAAUGAUGUAAAAAUACAUACAUCUGAACAACAGCUGAAGGAUCUAGGAUCACAUUUUUAAAAAUCGGCCUUUGGACCCUCCGUGUGGAUCCAAAUUCAUAUUGAUAUCGAUUUUACUAAAUUAAGCGCCACCGCGUUUAUCAUUUCGUUUUUGCGACUACAGUGCGGCGCUCAUUUGAUGCACCAGCCUACCGCGGACAGUUUUGUUGAGCCACUCAGAGAGGAUCUUAUUGCUUUUAUAUGUCUGCAUACCGAGAUGCUAUGACAAAGAAUAUAAAGACCGCAAAUACUUCACAAAUCUUAUGAAAAAAUACAAAACAAAAACGAGCGAGAUUGCAUGCGAGUAAACAAAGAUCUGGUACAAAUUUCCCUAAAACAGUCAAAUAUAACAAUAUAACAAGCUUAACAACUUGACAGGCUAACGGUUUUAUUCGGUGGUGGUAUAAAAAAGGCUACAACCGAACACUGUCUGGCUACCCCUGGCUACUCAGUCACUUCACUCGCUGUCCAUCACGAAAUUGAUAGAGUACAGCAUUACCAGCAUAGCACUAGCACUGUAUAUAGACAAUCAGAUUUGUGAUCGAAGGCCGGUAGAUUUAUACAUCUUAGAAUUUAUACUAAUAUCAAAUUCCUAAAGGUGUCCGGACACUAACUUAAUUCAAUGUACAUUUCACAGCUGAUUUCAUUUUUUUAAGGGCAAAAAACAAUUUACUUGAUAAGAAUUUAUAAGUACGAGACUUAUUGUGGCGUAGACGUAAUUAACGGAUUGUUGAUUUUACUUCUUUGAACUCCAGUCCUCAUUUUCUUAAUUUUUCUUUAAGGACUACCGUGUACCAUCGUCCCAUAUAGUGUAAAGGUGAAUGUGUGAAGGACAUUCUAGCCACAAAAUGUAAAUUCUUCCACCUGUCACAAGACAGGAGAAGCAUUGUUCUCGUUAAUGUUAUCUGUAAAACAAAAAUGUUCGUUAGAACGCGAUUGAAGUAUGUCGAAUAGCCUCUUCCAGACGUUCAGACUGUGGGGGCGACCCUCCAAGGGAUGCCAGUAAGAAAAGGGCGAAGGGGUGGGGUAGAGAGAAAUGCGUAUUUUUCCUGACCCACUCUACUAAUAAGAAGGCCAACUACUGGGAGUCGAACAAAGGACGGCCGGCCGAGACUAUUAAUACGAAGGUCAGUGGAAAAGUAAACUUAAACUUCUAUAAGCUUAACCUAUUUACGAUUUUUCUUGUUGAUAAAGUAAAAAAAAAGAAACAAAAAAACAAGAAAAAAAAAAACAGAAAAAUUGUCUUUUGUAGGAUCACGAAGAAUUUUUUUACUGUCACUGCGGCCCGUGUCACGCCACGCGAAUUCAGCAUCAAUAUGCAAAUUUAGGUCGAAUCCUUCAAUUCUGAAUCGCGUUGUGCCACAAGUUUUAUUACAUAACUUGACAAAAUAGCUAUUAAUCUUUAACUAAAACAUGUUUUUAGUUCUAGUUUAGGUGCCACUUUUGAGAAUUUUGAGAUGUUUUUGAGGCAUUUAUUCGUGCAUCUUGCUUUCUUAAUUGGGUUAGUGAAAUAAAGACGACCAGUUUUUGCUGAUUACAGAAAAAUAAUGCCCAAAUGGUAUUGGAACAGUAAGAAGAAGUAAUAUGCUUCCAAAUGAGUGCAAUAGUCUAGGAUUUGAUGACCCGAAGUACUUUUAAACGAUCGUUAAAAAACCUGUAAAACGGCAUCUAAAAUUUGCAUAUUUUAGCCGCUAACGGUCGUCCAGCAAUGAAAUGCUGGGAAUGGCAGUAAAAUAAACAAUUUCCUCAUUCUAACUGCAGUUUCGUUAUUAGGAUGGAUAGUAGUGUUGAUGAUAAAAAUAUGAGGCAAAAGUUUUUGCGAGUCCAAAAUCGAGUGGAACGCUUUUAGGGAGACUGCCUCUUAAGCGUUGCGUGACGAGACAAAACGGCUGUCAGGGAGACUAUAGAUAGGUGAACUGGUAGGACAGAAGAGCUGAGAUUGAAGUUCCCACUAGUAGAAGUUGGUGCAAACAAAAUGCAUAGUCGCCUGUUUUGUCUCUUCCAGGGUAGAUUCCGUCCGACAUCCUGCGUCGAAUAUGGACAGCAAGGUGCCUACAAAAAUGGCAUUUACAACAUCUAUGAUAACGACGGAAGCAGUUUCCCAGCCUACUGUGAUCUAAAAUCCGAGCCCGGUAUUGCAUGGACCCUAGUCAUGUCUUGGAGUAGGGAAAAUCGCCUUAUUUCUGCUUUUCAAAACGCCCCUCUUCAGGUCAAUGCCCCAGAAAACGAGAAUUCCCCGAGCUGGGAUCGUUACCGGUUAAGUCUGGAGCGAAUGAGAUCUUUGCAGGUCCACUCCACCCACUGGCGAGCAACAUGCAGCUAUCCGGCUUACGGCAUCGAUUUUAGAGACUACCUCCGUGGUAACUUCAAAGACUUCAACAUCGUCGAUUUCCUUGGUGCUGGCGAGUGUAAGAGGGUAGAAUAUGUGGAUAUCCGAGGGCACAAUGGCGCGAACCUCAAGGUACCGUUUUGGCAGAAAAAGAACACUUGGAUAGUGCAUACUGUCAGCAGUUCACAUCACUGCGAGUUCAAAGCAUCAGUUGGAGCGGUAAACAAGGAGCACAACUUUGCCUCUUAUCGUAAUAUUAAUCAAAAGUUCCGCUGCACACAGGCAGACAAAUCUACUACUCAGUGGUGGUUUGGAGCUCAACUUAAAAAAUAG